GAGAGAGAGACAAAAAGACAGAACUGCUGGUUGGAUGGGUGAUUACUCUUCGAUCACAGUUAAAUAUCACAUCAACGUCGCGAGUAGAUGAGUCUAUCAUGACAACACCUAGUCUCGCUACCAGUGCCUGUAAAUUUUAGCUAAGUUUACCAUAAAUUUACUCUUAUAAUUGCCUUCAUUAUCCAUAUAAGACACCAAAGCAUAUUUUCGCCAAUUAGGUCGGGGUCUCAAACAUCCACUGGCAAAACAACAUCCUUGUCCGACACUUUGUUAAGAUUUUAUUGGCGAAAAACAACAGGACACCUUUAGUGAAUCUGGUGUGUGGUAAACUGACGUGAGUUGCGAAGGAGACGUGGGGCUGAAUGAUGAGCGGUGGCCAGACGUGCUGCGGCAUCUGCCCUCUCAUUACCGGGGCGUCCACGUGCCCAGGGGAGUGCUGAGGUAUUUGUUAGCUUUAAAAGAUUAGACAAAUUUAUGGAUGACAGGGAGAAAUACGUUGGUUGCUUCACACAGGCACUGCCACGUGUUGGCCUGAUGGCUUCUUGCAGCUUCUCUUAUUUUUGUUAUAUUCGAAUGUUCUUAUGAUCUCCCCACCUCGCCUUCCCUCCUGUGCUCCCCUUUACCACAACACACCUGUAUGAAUUACGUAUAGAGAUAAAAUGCAUCUUACAUAAUUCACGGUAAAAAAAAACAAAAAAAACAGGGAACGAGAAGAUAAAGAGAUAAUAAGGUUAGAUACAAUACAUAUUUUUCUCUACCUGAGCAUAAAGGGAGGAUGGCAGGCUACGCAAUCCUCCUUUGUUGUACUUGAAUAUACAACAAUAGAUAAAUAUAAACGAAUAUAAAUAUAAACGAAUAAAUAAAUAAAGUUUGGUGCCGGAAAAGUUAAACGCCGAAUCUUAUCACAGCAAAUUAUAGCGAAUAAAUAUGUUACAUAAAUCGCAGUACUAAAAAUUAAAUUGAAAGAAGGUAAGGAAGAUAACGAUAUAAGUGUGCACUAUGAAGUUUGGCUCCGAAAAAGUUAGACGCCGAACUGAAAAAAAAGUGAAAAACCAUGAAAGAAAAACAAGUUACAGAAUCCACAAUACUAAAAAAAAGAGAAACAAAAAACAAAGAUGUAGAAGAUAAGAAAGAUAACGAUAAUAAUGAUAAACAGUGGCGAAAUAGUUAAAGGCCGAAUUCCACCUCAGCCAGGCAUAACAAAAUAAGGCUUGCAGGAGAAAAGAAACGGAGAGAGCGAGAAAACCAUUGAAAAACACAACCCAUCAAGCCGCCAUUGCAAAGACUACAGCCCAAAUCUACAUUAAUAUCUACGAACAAUCUAUUUCUGCGUUUACAUUUACGAGUACAUCUAUCUCUGUCUAUAUCUCCCGCCAUGGCAGCCCAAGCAAUGACCGGCGCACAAAAUUUCAGUCGUUUUGUGCACUGGGGGAGGAAUAUCGUGGCCGUGGGCAGGAAUUACAAAGACCAUUGCAAGGAGCUGGGCAAUGCUGUCCCCACCAAGCCCAUGCUGUUUAUGAAGCCCCCAUCAACCUACCUGGAGGAGGGGGCUGGACCCAUCCUGAUCCCAAGAGGCUGUCAAGACUUCCACCAUGAAAUAGAACUCGGCAUUGUGAUCGGAGAAACCUGCCGAGAUGUGCCAGAAAGUGAGGUGCUUGGCAGAGUCGCUGGCUACGCCCUGACGCUCGACAUGACAGCUAGGGACUUCCAGGAGGAGGCCAAGAAGAAGGGCAACCCCUGGACCCUGGCUAAGUGCUUUGACACGGCCCUCCCAGUCUCCAGGUUCAUCACGAAGGAGGAACUGAAGGACCCAAGUGAUGUCAGGAUUUGGUGCAAGGUGAACGGAGAGGCUCGGCAGGAUGGCAACACCUCCGACAUGGUGUUCCCCAUCGCCACCCUGAUCUCCUACAUCUCCAGGUACUUCACCCUGCACCCUGGCGACCUUGUACUGACAGGCACGCCGGCGGGGGUGGGCCCUGUGCACACUGGGGACAUGUUAACUGCAGGAAUUGGCAAUAUCCUUACUAUGGAGUUUUCAAUUGCCCAGAGAGGAGUAGGAGAGUAAAGGAAGAAAGAUUAGAGUUGUAAAAGUAGGAAUAUUAGCUUUAAGGGUCCUUCCAAGGGGCGAGUUCUGUGAUACCUAGGGACUCACCGACUGUAGGAAUUGUUUAUGUCCUUACUAGAGUUGUCAGGACAGAGAGACUUGGGAGAGUAAAUGAAUGAAGAAUAGCAUUGUAAAGGUAGGAAUAUUAGCUUUGUGAGUCUUCCAAGGGUGGGUCCUGUGUUUACCUAGGGACUCACUGACUAGAAAUUGUUCAUAUCCUUACUAGAGUUUUUAGAAGGAAAGAGAGAGUAGGAGAGGAAAGG